AUGCAAUCGAAUAAAAUACCCACAACGGCGUCUCGGGCUUCAUCCGUUGCUGUCUCCCUGGCACGAUUUCUCAAGGACCAUCCCAAUCUUCAUCUAGGAGGCGACGCAGAUUUCCACCGGGAGCGCAGGGAACACCUUGAGAUUCUCGGUUUUUAUGCUCUUCCGGCAGAAAAACAAGCUGCCAUCGGCAAGGUUGAAGUGCAGAUCGUUCCGGGACCCCACGGCAGCAUUCCGAUCCGCUUGUUCUACCCUCAAGCUAUCUUGGGCAACGAUACCAAAGACCCCAAGGUAGCUGCGUUGGUGUACAUGCAUGGGGGCGGGUAUACUGUUGGCUCGAUUGACGAAUUCGAGAAUGGAUUGCGGUUGCUAGCUGAGGCAACCGGGGCCAUUACUAUUGGCGUCGAAUACCAUCUUGCACCUGAGCACCACUUCCCAACUCAGCUAGACGAGUACUCAGCUGUCAUUGACUGGGCACAAGGUGUUGAAGGCUCCUCGCGCGGCAUUGACCCCGACCUGGUCUUUGGCGGCGGCGAUUCUGCCGGUGGUAACAUGACCGAGGCCAUCGCCCUGCGACGGCGGGACCAGAAAGUCAAGAAUAUCGCCGGCCAACUGCUUCUCUACCCGGAGUCCCGGCCCCCAUUUGAUACCCCCGCCGCCGUUGAGAAUAACACCGGCGGCAGCUUGUACCUCGUAUGUAAUGGGAUCUUCAGCUUCGCGGACCACUAUCUCUCCAAAGAACAGGGCAAAACUGUUCCUCCGAGCAAUCGCUAUGUGAGUCCUGGUAUGCAGAGUGCUGAUGAUCUUCAUGACCUGCCGCCAGCGGCCCUAUUCACUUGUGGCUUUGAUCCGCUGCGGGAUGUGGGCGUCGAGUAUGGGAGUAAACUGCAACAGGCUGGAGUGGAUAUCCGGUGGCAUCACUAUCCAAAUCUGACGCAUGGAUUUCUACAGUUUGCGCCAUGGUCUCAGGAAUGUAUGGAUGCUGUGAUGGAUGUUGCUCAAGAGCUGAAACGGCUGGCGGGUGGCAGCAGGUCAGCGUUUAUAUAG